AGGCCCUUUGCUUUUUCCCUUGCGGAUUAGAUGGGUUCGUCUUCAUCACCCAUCGCUUCAGCACCCAAUUUUUCGUCAAUCCCAUUUCCAAACCCCAGAAUCAGAAUUCACGUCUCCUACCAAUACAAUCAGAAAUUUCAAGUCACUAAUAAAAAGUUGUUCUCAAACGCGGCAGCGGUGUUAGUUGCAGCACCAACAAGACCAAGAAGACUAACAAGGUUACAAGUAAAUCUCGUUAAAUGCAGCAGCAGCAGCAACGGGAAUCAGAAUGAAACGGGUAGCAGUCUCGAGGAUAUACUAUCAGGUAUGGUGGAUGAGAGAGUAGAACAACUGUUCAACAAAGAGGAGAACCGGGUUUUACUGGAUGGGUUGGAGAAAGCAACCCACAGAGUUGAAAUGGCCAAGAAACAGUUGGCUGAGAUUCAAAGACAAGAACUCGAGGCUAAGCUCCUGAGGGAUUAUGUUAACAAGCUCCAAUCCACUACUUCCCAGAUUGCAGAAUGUCAAAAAGAGAUUUUAGAUGCAAAAGCAAUGGUUGAAGAGGCAGAGCGUGCUUUAAUUGGUGGUAGUGGCGGGGAGGAAGAUUCUUUCACUGCAGGGAAAAUUCAAUCAGUUGACAGAAAUGAAGAGAGACUAGAAUCUGUAAAAGCGGCUUCAAUAUCUGCCAUAGUUGGCACCUUGGCAGGGCUGCCCUUAUCCUUAACUCGAAUAACUGCCAUCUCUGACCUAAUACUCCCUCUAGGAAUUACCUGUGUUAGCUGUGCUUUAUUUGGAGUAACCUUCCGGUAUGCAGUAAGAAGAAAUUUGGACGAUAUUCAUCUCAAGUCAGGAACAUCUGCGGCUUUUGGCGUUGUCAAAGGCCUUGCAACAUUGGGUGCCGAACCAGGUCUGGAGUUGGACACUGACAGCCUUUUGUCAACCGCCCUUGAUGGUGCAGUUUAUGUAUCUGAAAAUCUCUUGAUUUUCUUUUUGGCCGGUAUUGGUUUGGAUUUCUGCAUGAAAGUGGGGUUUCUAAGCCAAUUUCCUAUCGAUACAUCUAUUUCCAACACCAAUACAUGAACAGGCCUCUCAUAUAAUGGAAAAUUUCUUUGGUUGCGGCGAACUUGCAAACCUGUAUAUUACCGCUGCUAACUUAGAUUGGAUGAACCAACAACAUUGCUGCUUGGAAAAAUCAUGGAUCAGUCGCUCUUGUUGUCAAUCACACAAGCCCGCGCCAAGCUACGAAAGACUGAGGGCUGAAAAGCAAGGCUGCUGCCGCCAACCACUUGUUCCUUCAACUAGUGUAAUUUAUGCUUAAAACCCUCGAUAGUACCUGCUACAGAGCGGAUGAGCUGCACACAAACUUGAUACAAUUCAACUGCAGUGGCCUCUCUCUGAAGCUUCGCCUAAAUUAAGAAACUGUUAUGGAAUCUUUACCGUAAAAUGAAAGGCUGAAGAACCAUUUGCAGUUUUUCUGUAUUUCAUUGUUCAUGGUGCAGCACAAAGUCUAUUGUGUGUAUAUAUAAACGUCCAUGUAUCGUAAAACUUAAGGCUAAAGGCCUCAAGAGCUUUGACAGUGUGAAAACGAAGAGCAAAAGCGAGCUUUAUUCA